AUGGAGACCGACGCAGCCGCGGCAGCCGCCCCCUCCCCCGCCGCCAGGCGACCGAGGAUCGCGGAGGUCAUCGCCCCUGCCGCCGCCGCCCAGCCAACAGCCGCGCCUGCCAACAGCCCUGCCGCACAGGCCGGGCCCAGCGGCGACGCCGCCACGCCGUACAGCGAGACGCGUGAGCUUGCCAUCAAAAAGCAAGUCACGAAACUGGCCCGCAUUCUGAAGGAAUCAGAAGACGAGCCGAAAGAAAACAACGUGGACGCCCCGGCCGCAGGGAAAUCCAAAAGGCGCCGGAGCAAGCGGCGAAGCCUGAGCCGUGAAAAAGACGACAGGAUGGACGUAUCUGAACCAGAGGAGUCAGAUACGGCAGCCGCAACCAUAAAAGCUACAACCCCUAAGGCAGAGGACGUAGUUCUACGGCCAGAACGGCCGCAGCACUCCACAGACCCGCCUCCACAAAGCGAUUAA